AUGGCGAAAUCCAAGAUAGUGCAUCCCAACAGUCGUAAGGCCAAACAGAAUAUUUCCAAGAAGCAUCACCAAGCAAAAGUCCAGAAGCGCAAGAAAGUUCGCAAAUCUAAGGAUGACUUGAAAAGAGUCAAAUUAUUGUGGUUCAAGGAGCACAUACCUAAUGACAAAGAAAAACUAUCCGUUGAAGAACUUAGACAAUUGAUUUCUAGAUAUCUGGAACGCUUCGAACUUGAAUCUAAAACAGAAAGAAAGGAGGCAACUAACUGUUCCGUUUCCGUGACUGUCGACAUGGCAAUCGAACACGUAAAGCAGGAAUCUCAUGAAUUCUUGACAACUGGCCUAUUAGUUCCGGACCUAACCUCCAAACCCAACUUUGAGAAAUUUAUGCAAUGGAAUGGCGAAACGAACAAAAUGAUAUCCAUACCCAUGAUUACUGUGAGAAAGUCUUGUAUUUAA